AAAAAGAGCGAAAAAAAACUGAACAGGUUUGGACACACAAUGGCGUCGAUGAUGAAUAUGGUGGGGGCUAGUUUCUCCUAUGGUUCAUCUUCUAUGGCUCAUGAUCGCAGGGGAGCAAUUGGAUUUGAAAUCAUCUCUCCUUCUUCGAUGAGGCAAAAUCAGAAGCAGAGGCGUUGCGUUGUGGUCAAGGCCGAAACCAUAAACCCGGAGAUCAGGAAAACCGAAGAGAAAGUGGUCGAUUCCGUGGUUAUGGAAGAGCUCUCAAAACCCUUAACCGCCUACUGCAGGUGCUGGAGAUCGGGCACUUUCCCCCUCUGCGACGGAAGCCAUGUGAAGCACAACAAAGCUACUGGGGACAACGUCGGUCCUCUGCUCCUCAAGAAGCAGAAGUAGCAAAUGCUUUUGGUAAACAUUAAACUAAGCUUCCUCACCUCCUUCCUUCUCCAAAUGAUUGGCCUUUUAAUUCACCUUUGAAUUGAAAUGUAUCAGUUUCUAUAUGUAUAUCAAAAUUUUCUGUCUAAGAUUCCAUAGAGAGAUG